AUGGCAUUUCGCGCUUCCAAUUCUGCCGGUCCUUCAGCGUCAGCAAUAAACGCGCUAAAUAAUGGACUUUUGGAGAAGCAACAACACUCGCACGCCGGUGGCCCCGCGAUGUGCCGGCUAUCUGCCAAUGAUAUCCUCGCACUACAGGUUCAGGCGUUUAUUGACGCAUCAGAAGAUGUUGACAUGCCGCGAGAGGUGGCUGAUGAUUUGAUUAGUACCAUUCCAUCUCAAGAUGACGAUCCAGAGGCCUUUCGCGCCCCGGAAGGAGUUGAAUCUGGUGAUGAAGGAGAUGAAGAGGCUGAGAAUGGCGAAAUAGAAAGUGUGCAAGUGGAUAUGUCUGCCUUGUUUGAUGUUGCUCAACAAGCUGAAAAUUUGUGGACGAAGCGAGAGAUAAAACAAAUUCUGCACCACCUCAAGGAACGCGGCAUACACUCGUUCACAAUGGAAUACGUUCAUAGGCGUAACGUACCUAUUUACAGGCUCCUUCUCGCCUUUGGUAUUGGCCUGUGUCCUGAGCUCCAAAAGAAACAACCCGCCACCAUGAUGUACUUUUUACAGGUUGCCAUGUCCAACCACGGAUCGUUAUUCUCACAGGGGCUGGAAUCAGUAAGCAUCUCCUUGCAUCAUCCCCAUCAGCUCGUUUCUCCUGUCUUAUCAAACUGCUCACAAGGCGUCUCGUGUGGCAUACCUGACUUUCGAUCUCGAAACGGUCUUUACGUGUCUCUAAAGGAUAAAGGUGAAUAUGAUUUAGACGAUCCACAACAAAUGUUUGACAUCAACUAUUUCCGAGAGCCUCCAUCCGGUAUUCAUUUUAUCGUCUCGAAAGUAAAGAAAAUCUAUCCCGCCAACUUUGUGCCAUCUCCAUGCCACCGCUUUAUCAAGCUCAUCGAAGAUCAAGGAAAGGUGUGCAAACUCGCCAAUGACUGCAAAAGAACAUCAUUGACAUUGAAGAUAAUGAUAACAGUUGCUCUGGGUACUAAUGCUUUUUACGUUACCUCGUUUUUGAUGUUUACCAUGCCGUUUUCACCAUUGCAGAAUUAUACCCAAAACAUAGACACACUUGAAACACUGGCAGGAGUCCAACGCGUUCUGCAGUGCCAUGGAUCCUUUGCCACCGCUAGCUGUCUUCUUUGUCGCCGGCGCGUACCUGGGCUCGAGAUCGAGGCGGAUAUUCUCAGACGGACAGUUCCCCUCUGUACCGUUUGUAACGCUCCGUCAUCCUCGGCAAAAAAAGUCCGGGGCAAGAAGAAAAAAAAAGAAAGUGAAUGA